AUGAGCCAUCAGUCACCUCCGCAACAGUCGCCUCUACCCACGCAGGAUCUCCCCUGCGUCGACUGUAGACGGAGGAAGGUCAGGUGUUCGAAGACAGAGCCAUGUUUCAAUUGUCAACGCUUCGGCGUCGAGUGCGUCUACGAGGACUCAGGCCGUCUAGUGAACCGACGCACGCCUAAGUCGAAUGACCCGUUGACCAGGCGAGUCGCUGAGCUCGAAGACCUCGUACGAAAUCUGAGUCGUCGACCACAGCAAGGAAACCCGAUGGAAACCAUGACCCAGAACAUCCUACACAGGUUCUCCGGUCAAGCUGCUACGCCAGGAGAUGGUGCUACAGAUGGCAAACUUGUAUUCGACAAGGACAGUGCAGACCUCCAAUUGCAUCGAACCUGCAAUUUCUUUUUCGGGACCGAGUCUGAUCUUGUCAUGUCGGUAGGAGACCUGAAAUUUACCUUGCAAGCAGAACCCAAGUCGCAAAGGGACGCUUUCUUCUUCCCCUACACAGGUGGUCAAAGCCAACCUGCUUUCGCCCACCCGCCCAUAUCCGAAAGCGACUUCUUAAUUCAGAUGUUUCUUGACAAGGUGGACCCAUUUGUCAAGAUUCUGCACAAGCCGACGCUGCUGCUCGAACUGAAUCAUUUCCGCCGCGGUGUGUCUGCGAACCCCACUGAGUUCGGAUGCCGUCUCUUCGUGGUCUACUCUCUAGCACUGCUGUCGAUGUGCUCAACCCUGGUCGAGUUUCGCCUUCAUGAGUCCAAAGAGGUGUUGCUUUCGCGAUAUCGCUCAUAUGCGGAGCACAGUCUGAGUCGAAUGGACCUCACCACAAGUGGAAUGCUCCACGCUAGCAGUCUCCUAGCCGUGGCUUUUGCAAUGGCUAGACGAAUGGGUCUCAAUCACGAUGGGACACAUUUUUCUCUUUCUCCGUGGCAGAUCGAGCUACGGCGACGACUGUGGCAUCGCCUUGCGCUUCUGGAUACCUGGUGUGUUGAGAACCAUGGGCUCCAACCAAUGAUUCAGCCCGUUCACAAUGAUACUUCUCUUCCUCAAAACCAGGACGACUCGGACUGGGAUACUACCGAGUUCGCUUCAACUCGUCCUCGAGAGCAGAACAGAUUUACCGGCAUGACGUUAGCCUUGGUUCACUACGAGGUGGGCGCUCUCGCAAUGUUUAUCCUCAACAACACUUUCACGCCCUCUAUAACAGUUCGCGCAUUCAAAAGGCUCAGAUUGAUACAACUCCAAUCGGUCCUGAAUGCGAGGGGCAUCAACGAGACACAGCGGGCCGGGCUCGAAGCCAAAGUCUACCACCUGUCCAUCGACUUCUGCAAAAGCAUCCAGAAUCUCAUCGGCUUCUAUACGCCCUACAGUCUCGACUGGGCUGUCGUCCGGGCCUUUUCAUGGCACUCGGUCGCCACCAUGCUCUCCAUGGUCCUCCGCCACGAGGUGCUGAGCAACACCCCCGAAGCCCGCGCCGCGAGCUGCCGCAUCGAACAGCUCUUCCAGAAGCGUCCCUCGAUCGACUUCCUCGAGGGGAACGACAACCUGUGGGAACCGCUCAGGGUCUUGCGCGCCGAACUUGCCGGCCGAGAGGGCGCUGCCGUCGCGGCCCACGCCGGGAUAGGAGUCGAUGUUGGUGGAGCGGAGGGUCUGAUACCGGCACGGACGAAGGGACGGACUUGGUUUCGAUGA